AGUUGUAUAGUAUUUGUAAGACAGUCAGACACGAGACUUAUAUUGUUAGGAGAAACGGAGUUAGAAAGAAGAAAAAAUGAAAAAUAUUAUUGGGAGCGGACAUCCUUGUCUAAAUAGCAACAUGUGCACUAAAGAGGUUUCAACCGCUGAUAGUUUGGAGAUCAAAAGCGGGCGAUUAGGGCUUGUACAGCAGCAUAAAGGACGUAAAAUGAAGAUACAAGUGUUUGUCCGUGUGUACAGAAGUUCCUUUGAGCAUUAUGCAGUUUUGUUCAAGGACCAAAAAUUCAGUCUCCAGUCUGGAUAUAUCAGUUUGAAAAAUUGCAUAGUGGACAAAACUAACGAGAAAGAACAUCAAGUUCGAGUAACAUUAAAUGAUUAUGAGGGCACAGGUGUUACGUUUGAAUCCAACUCGUGCAAAGAAGCAAAGGAAUGGCACGAUGCUCUUCAGCCACAAAUUGUGUCGUCGUCACCGACGUUAAGCGCAGUAUCACCGAGUCUCUCGCCGGUAAUUCCAAGAUCGCCGUUAAUGCCGACAUUGGCAGAGGAAGAGGAGAGCGACGACGACGUCUGAAAUGACAGCAAAAUGACAUUCCAUGGUCGUUGUUUUCACUCGUUACAAUGGAUCCCAAAUCCAUUUACUCAAAAGAGCUUCGGGCAUUUUUGAGAACAUUUACUAAGUUAAAACUUGGUAUUUUAGAAGGAAUCCUGCCAGAUUCUGCGCAAUUAUUUACAUUUUGGUGCUAUAUUACUGCGAUUUGACUGUGAUAUGCGAGUUCAGUGCAAUUGGUAAAUUUCGCAAUGGCUAAACCGUGUUAGUAAUUGGUAUUAAUAAUACCGUAUUAAGGACGGUUCAGAAGUAUAAAGAUAUUUACUCGGUUCAGUUACCCCGCAUUUUUAACAUUCUACAAUUUGAGACGUGUGCAACGUAAACGGAAAGGUUAACUGAGUACAUUAAGUAAAGACUUAACGGAUUGAAAGAAUUCGUGUAAAUUGGAUUUCAAGGACUUCUUAGGGACAAUCCUACGCCUUGACACAGUUACACCCAUGUUAUAGGAUGAUCAGACAGUAAAUAAAGGUUUACCUUUGUUAAAAUAAAUAGCUAUCUCACCUGGACGCGAGCCAUACAGGAUAGGACUGAAAGAGUAGCCCCCCUUUCUCAUUUAUAUAUCUAUGUGUUAACGACUUUAUUCUAGUCAAUACAAUUUUUAUUUGUAUAUUAGUAAACUACAGUGUGUCUUGGAAACAAUAUCCGGUGCCUCGCUCCUGCUUUAAUUUAAUCUUCAUCAUACCAAUACAUCUAUCGAAGUCCUAACUCAAUCUAGUUUUUCUCAAUUGAAUUUAUUUUCUAGCAUGCAUUGAUAUGAAGUUCUACACUUUAUUAAAGCAGAAAUAUUCUAGACAUUCAAUUAUUCUGUCAUUAGGUUAUGAAUUGUACAAUAAACAUAUAAAAGGUAUUUCUAGAUUAUAAUCUGGCUGUUUUUUUUUUUUUUUUUUUUUUUUGUUGUUUUUUUUUUUUCAAAGCUAUUUUAAGAACGUUUAUUCAUCAAUGAUACAUUCUAUGUUAUGAUCUUUUGUGAAUGAGAAAGCAAACUAUUUUUACAUGGAAAUUUGUCUGUACUUUGGUAGAAAUGUUUUGGGAAUCGCCAGAGCAUGUUAAAGAAUUUAUUAGUAAUUUUAUGAUCUUAAACGUCGAGGUUAGAUAUCAAGAUAACUAUUAAGCUUUAGCAAGAAAUGUGCAUGAGUGUACAUUUACAUAUAAUUGUUUCUGCAUUGUUUCAAGAGAGUUUUUUUUUGCAUUUUAGAGAUAGAUCUAUCUUUUUUUGUGUGAAAAAUGUUUGUUUUUAACUACACAGGUUGUGCAAAUAUUUUUCUAGACAUGUUUACUAUAUGUGCUAUAAAAACUGUUUUGUGUGUAUUGAUUGUUAAAUAUUGUGUUACUUGUUACCAAAGUUUAAAAGACUUGAAAAUACAUUUAAAAUAAAGAGCAAUUAAAAAUGA